UUCCCACCACCCUCUCUCUCCCUCUCACAAACGGCACACCACCCUGGCUCUGAAGCUACCCACCGCACCCCCAUCUCUCUCUCUCUCUCACUCUCACUCUCAGCUCACUUCGGUUCACCGUCACCAACCGCACGCUCGCUCGCGUCUCGCCGCUCUCCUCCGUCUGUGCUCGGCUGCUCGCGCCUCCCUCCGCCAGUGAGUGCUCGAGCUGUGCGUGUUUGUUGCUGCUCGUCGUCCGUGGUUGUGUCUGCUCGAUUCUGCCUCUGUCUCACUCGAGUCUCGUCUCAGUCUCGUUGUUCGUCUGUCUAGUCGCCGGCGUCUCAAGGUCUCUCGGCCUUCCCUGGGCGUCUCGUCGCCGGCGGCAGAAGCAACUCGUGUGUUGUCGCUUGCUUCGUCGCCUUCCGCUGGGUGGUCGCCGAGUCUCUGUGGACCGUGGACCGUUGGUCAACCGGGUAAAUCAGUGGUCCACCGGUAGAACUAGUGACCCAGUGACCUGGUUGUAUGACCGUGUCAAUUACUGGUUCAGUUCUGAUAACUAAUUCUCAGGGACUUCCCUUCUCACGGUCUUUGGGAGCAAAGCGGAAAGGAAAAGGAAAGUAGAUAGAGAGAGAGAGGAAGAAUGUUAACAUAACAGUAAGUGUGAAAUGCUCGGAAAGAGUUAUGCAGAAACUGCUGCGCCCAACUUGUUGUUCAGCCCCCAUCCUCUCUCUCUCUCUGGGAGGCACGGCGACAUCCACAGGGACUCUGACUCUCCCUAGCUCCUUUACUCCCAUUACUACUCUCCCUUUCUCUCUUUCUAUCUCUCUGUCUCUGUCCUCGUCGCCACACAAAUACAUAGCAAUGGCAACUGCUGCGCCUUCAUUUGCAUCUUCACUGGUGAGCCUGCCCCCCACCACUUCCGCCUCUCGCUCCGCUAGCAAGUCUUUCCCUCUGUGCACUCUGCCGUCUUCCUUUUCAUCCGCCAUGCCAAGGUGUCUCUCUCUAACCCACAAACACACUGCCGCUAGGGCACCCAUCCACCGCCUUCCGUGGCUGCUCCCUCGCUGUGCCUCCUUGUAUUCCGCCUCCGAGGGAGAGGGAGAAGACACAAAGGAGCACAAGCCCGUUAGUCCAAGACUCAACCGGAGGCAGAGGGCUUAUUCUUCUUCCUCACCCAUUCUGCCAAAUCCUGAUUUGUUGGCUAUUCCCGGUGUCGGUCCCAGAAAUUUGAGGAAGCUAGUUCAGAAAGGCAUUGCUGGUGUUGCUCAGCUCAAACAACUAUACAAAGAUAAGUUUUUUGGGAAAUCUAGUGAUAAGAUGGUUGAGUAUCUGCAGAGUUCUGUUGGAAUAAUCCACAAGAACCAUGCUGAAAGUAUAACUACUUUCAUUAAAAAGAGUGUUGAUGAAGAGUUGGAAGACAAUUCCUCCUCGGCUGCUGUGCAGGCUCUGCAGAAGAAACGCCUUACAUUCUGUGUUGAGGGUAAUAUCAGUGUUGGCAAGACAACGUUCCUUCAGAGAAUAGCUAAUGAAACUAUUGAACUGCGUGAUCUUGUUGAGGUAGUUCCUGAACCUAUUAGCAAGUGGCAGGAUGUAGGACCAGAUCACUUCAAUAUUUUGGAUGCCUUUUAUGCGGAGCCACAAAGGUAUGCCUACACCUUUCAGAACUAUGUAUUUGUUACGAGGGUCAUGCAGGAAAGAGAGUCAUCUGGUGGAAUCAAGCCUCUUAGAUUGAUGGAGAGGAGUGUUUUCAGUGACAGGAUGGUUUUUGUACGAGCUGUGCAUGAAGCCAAUUGGAUGAAUGAAAUGGAGAUCAGUAUCUAUGACUCAUGGUUUGACCCUGUUGUCUCCUCCUUGCCUGGCCUUAUUCCAGAUGGUUUUAUCUAUCUUAGGGCAAGUCCUGAUACUUGCCAUAAGAGAAUGAAGUUAAGGAAGAGAGCAGAGGAAGGUGGAGUCUCUCUGGACUAUCUCCGUGACCUACAUGAAAAGCAUGAAAGCUGGUUAUUCCCCUUCCAAAGUGGCAAUCAUGGAAUAUUAUCAGUCAAUAAGCUUCCCCAACAUGUUGAUAACUCCUUGCACCCUGAAAUUAGAGACCGUGUAUUCUAUCUAGAGGGUGAUCACAUGCACUCAAGCAUUCAGAAGGUUCCUGCAUUGGUUCUGGACUGUGAACCCAAUAUUGAUUUCAGCAAAGAUGUUGAAGCAAAGAGGCAGUAUGCACGGCAAGUUGCUGAAUUCUUUGAGUUUGUUAAGAAAAAGAACGAAGUUUCGUCCAACGAAGGUACGCGAGGUAAGCAAAAUGGUGAAGCUGAAGCAGAUGUGCUGAUGCCCCAUGAAGGUGCUCUGUGGCUUCCAGAUGGAAAGCCUUUUCCACAGGGCGCGCAGACACCGUUGGACUUCAGGAGAGCGAUGUCAUUCAUGUCUGGCUAGUGAGUAGUGAUGGCUUAACCUUUUGAGGUCCAAGAUAUACUAACCAGUACCACAUAUGUGCGUGGUGUUUCUGUUUCAUGUAAAGAUUUUAACUCCGAACCUUGACUGAUGUAGGGAUGGUUGUAGUUAGAAGUAGUUUUUAUGGCCCCGCUUUGCUAAUAUACGGCUUGGUGCAGAUUGUAUGUGUUUCUUCGAUUACGAAGUUGGUCGUUAUGAUGUAUCAUUUUCUUGAGCUUAUUGUUUAAGUUUUUCUUGCU